AUGGCAGCGACUCUUACCAUCCCAACCGUGCGAUGGUCCUACUACACAUCCUACGAGUCUCGAGGAGCACAAGGCUCUCACGGACGAAACGGACUCGAACAGUUAACCAGUGUUCUGGUCACGGAAAGACACUGGAAGAGGUCAAACCUGGUACUGAAAUACUCUAGUUUGGUGCACCGAAGUACCGAUGGGGCGCUUCCGACCCCUUCGUGCCUCUUUGCCUUGAAGCAUGAGGGUGACGAUGGCCAGAAUGCUAUCAGCAGUGAGGAAGAGAUGGAUACCACACCUCGGACUUCGAAGAGGCGCGCAGUUAAGCAAGUAGUGGUGUCCAGCGAUGACGAAUCGGAGGAUAUCCUCGAGAGUCAUCGGCUUGGGAACCGAUUUAUAGGCUCUCCGGGAAACGAGGUGAGGUGUCUGGGAACGCUAUGCUAUUACGAGCAGCUCUCAUAUGUUCUGUUGCAUAUUGAAGCCGCCGAUAACUCCCAUGAUGAAAGGGUGUUUAGAGACACCGACGUCUAG